CACACGUUAAUUCAUUUAAUUCCAGCCACAAGGUAGGCAGCCACUGUUAACAUUUUACAAUUAUGAGAACGCAGAGAUCUGGGACUUGCUCAAGGUGACACACUGCAGCAAGGAGUCAGAAUUUGAAUCCGAAGCAGUGUCCUUCCCCCUUGCAACAGCUGCGGCGUUACAAACACAGGUCAGCCACGGAGAAAUUAAUGACCCACAGCCAUCCUUGCAGCUCUGCGCCAUAACUGGGGAGACAAGCUGGUUCCCGUGACUCUUCAGUCUGUUUUCACCCAAGUGCAUGACUGCGGGAGCAAAGCGGCCACGUGAGCAUCUCCCCCCCUUCCCCCAGGCGAGGGACAGUGCCAGGCCAAGGACAAGUCACAGGUGCAACAACGUGCCAGAACUGGAUCCGGAGCCCCAGGGCGCAAGAUCUCCCGCAGCGUCACCCGGCAGACGGGACGGGUGUGGCCACCGGGCGCGGCAGGUCAUGCGUGCGCUGAAAGUGCGGCUGGAGGCGCGGACGGCUUUCCGGAGCCCCGAAAGAGGAGCUAGGAAUGACUUUGGUGGCAGCCUCUGUAACCCCGCAUGACAGCCUCCAGGGGGACGGCGAGGUCCCCCUUGAUCUCUGGUGUAAUCAGCCGGCGGGGCCAGACAGUGCAGAGACUCCAAGGCGAGGCCGCAGGGAGGGGGCUGUCCCGCCCCACGUGGACCGGCUCCCCGCUGGGGGCGUGGCCGCCGACGCGGGCCGGGCCAAUGAGCGCCACUGUCGGGCUCACCCGGCUGGGCACGCUGAGCCGAGGAGGGCUGCGUCAUGCCGGGGGCGGGGCUCCAGGGCCGGCGCGAGGCGCGGCGGGUCACGCGGGUCGCGGCGCGGGCUAUAAGUAGGGGCCGGCGGUGUGCUCCGCUGGAGUGAUGGCUGCCGGCGCUAGCUGCGUGUUUCUUCUUCUCGGCUGCUGAGGCCCCCGCGGCUGCUUCCUGGGAAAGUCGUGAGUCCCGCGGACCCGUCCCCGGUGCCGCCGACCCGGGCCGCGUGCUCGCCGUUCGCAGGCGCGUGUGCCUGUGGCUCCAGCCGCCGCCGCCGCCUCGAUCUCCUCGUCUCCCGCUCCGCCCUCCCUUUUCCCUGGAUGAAUUUGCGUCCUUUCUCUUCUCCGCCAUGGAAUUCUGCUCCGUGCUUUUAGCCCUCCUGAGCCAAAGAAACCCCAGACAACAGAUGCCCAUACGCAGCGUAUAGCAGUAACUCCCCAGCUCGGUUUCUGUGCCGUAGUUUACAGUAUUUAAUUUUAUAUAAUAUAUAUUAUUUAUUAUAGCAUUUUUGAUACCUCAUAUUCUGUUUACACAUCUUGAAAGCGGCUCAGUAGUUCUCUUACUAAAUAACCACUACUCUAGAGAAUGGCAACGCUGAUUACCAGUACUACAGCUGCUACCGCCGCUUCUGGUCCUUUGGUGGACUACCUAUGGAUGCUCAUCCUGGGCUUCAUUAUUGCAUUUGUCUUGGCAUUCUCCGUGGGAGCCAAUGAUGUAGCAAAUUCUUUUGGUACAGCUGUGGGCUCAGGUGUAGUGACCCUGAAGCAAGCCUGCAUCCUAGCUAGCAUCUUUGAAACAGUGGGCUCUGUCUUACUGGGGGCCAAAGUGAGCGAAACCAUCCGGAAGGGCUUGAUUGACGUGGAGAUGUACAACUCGACUCAAGGGCUGCUGAUGGCCGGCUCAGUCAGCGCUAUGUUUGGUUCUGCUGUGUGGCAACUAGUGGCUUCGUUUUUGAAGCUCCCCAUUUCUGGAACCCAUUGUAUUGUUGGUGCAACCAUUGGUUUCUCCCUCGUGGCAAAGGGGCAGGAGGGUGUCAAGUGGUCUGAACUGAUAAAAAUUGUGAUGUCUUGGUUCGUGUCCCCACUGCUUUCUGGAAUUAUGUCUGGAAUUUUAUUCUUCCUAGUUCGUGCAUUCAUCCUCCAUAAGGCAGAUCCAGUUCCUAAUGGUUUGCGAGCUUUGCCAGUUUUCUAUGCCUGCACAGUUGGAAUAAACCUCUUUUCCAUCAUGUAUACUGGAGCACCGUUGCUGGGCUUUGACAAACUUCCUCUGUGGGGUACCAUCCUCAUCUCGGUGGGAUGUGCAGUUUUCUGUGCCCUUAUCGUCUGGUUCUUUGUAUGUCCCAGGAUGAAGAGAAAAAUUGAACGAGAAAUAAAGUGUAGUCCUUCUGAAAGCCCCUUAAUGGAAAAAAAGAAUAGCUUGAAAGAAGACCAUGAAGAAACAAAGUUGUCUGUCGGUGAUACUGAAAACAGGAAUCCUGUUUCUGAGGUGGGGCCUGCCACUGUGCCCCUCCAGGCUGUGGUGGAGGAGAGAACAGUCUCAUUCAAACUUGGAGAUUUGGAGGAAGCUCCAGAGCGAGAGAGGCUUCCCAGCGUGGACUUGAAAGAGGAAACCAGCAUAGAUAGCACCGUGAAUGGUGCAGUGCAGUUGCCUAAUGGGAACCUUGUCCAGUUCAGUCAAGCCGUCAGCAACCAAAUAAACUCCAGUGGCCACUACCAGUAUCACACCGUGCAUAAGGAUUCUGGCCUGUACAAAGAGCUGCUCCAUAAAUUACAUCUUGCCAAGGUGGGAGAUUGCAUGGGAGACUCUGGUGACAAACCCUUAAGGCGCAAUAAUAGCUAUACUUCCUAUACCAUGGCAAUAUGUGGCAUGCCUCUGGAUUCAUUCCGUGCCAAAGAAGGUGAACAGAAGGGUGAAGAAAUGGAGAAGCUGACAUGGCCUAAUGCAGACUCCAAGAAGCGAAUUCGAAUGGACAGUUACACCAGUUACUGCAAUGCUGUGUCUGACCUUCACUCGGCAUCUGAGAUAGACAUGAGUGUCAAGACAGAGAUGGGUCUAGGUGACAGAAAAGGAAGUAAUGGCUCUCUAGAAGAAUGGUAUGACCAAGAUAAGCCUGAAGUCUCUCUCCUCUUCCAGUUCCUGCAGAUCCUUACAGCCUGCUUUGGGUCAUUCGCCCACGGUGGCAAUGACGUAAGCAAUGCAAUUGGGCCUCUGGUUGCUUUAUAUUUGGUUUAUGACACAGGAGAUGUUUCUUCCAAAGUGGCAACACCAAUAUGGCUUCUACUGUAUGGUGGUGUUGGUAUCUGUAUUGGUCUGUGGGUUUGGGGAAGAAGAGUUAUCCAGACCAUGGGGAAGGAUCUGACACCGAUCACACCCUCUAGUGGCUUCAGUAUUGAACUGGCAUCUGCCCUCACUGUGGUGAUUGCAUCAAAUAUUGGCCUUCCCAUCAGUACAACACAUUGUAAAGUGGGCUCUGUUGUAUCUGUUGGCUGGCUCCGGUCCAAGAAGGCUGUUGACUGGCGUCUCUUUCGUAACAUUUUUAUGGCCUGGUUUGUCACGGUCCCCAUUUCUGGAGUUAUCAGUGCUGCCAUCAUGGCAAUCUUCAGAUAUGUCAUCCUCGGAAUGUGAAGCUGUUUGAGAUUAAAAUUUGUGUCAAUGUUUGGGACCACCUUAGGUAUUCCUGCUCCCCUGAAGAAUGUUACAGUGUUAACAGAAGACUGACAAGAGUCUUUUUUUGGGAGCCAGAGGAAGGAAGUGUUACUUGUGCUAUAACUGCUUUUGUGCUAAAUAUGAAUUGUCUCAAAAUUAGCUAUGUAAAAUAGCCAGGGUUCCACUGGCUCCUGCUGAGGUUCCCUUUCCUUCUGGGCUGUGACUUCCUGUACAUAUUUGUCUACUUUUUGUAUGAGGCUUCAAUUCCAUUAUGUUUUAAUGUGGUCUCUGAAGAUGACUUGUGAUUUUUUUUUUUUUUUUUAAACCAUGCAGAGCCAUUUGACAGAGCAUGCUCUGCAUUGUUGGUUUCACCAGCUUCUGCCCUCACAUGCACAGGGAUUUAACAACAAAAAUAUAACUACAACUUCCCUUGUAGUCUCUUAUAUAAGUAGAGUCCUUGGUACUCUGCCCUCCUGUCAGUAGUGGCAGGAUCUGUUGGCAUAUUCGGGAGCUUCUUAGAGGGAUGAGAUGCUUUGAACACAGUGAAGAUUUAAAUUAGUAACUUUUUUGCAAGCAGUUUAUUGACUGUUAUUGCUAAGAAGAAGUAAGAAGGAAAAGCCUUUUGGCAAUCUUGGUUAUUUCUUUAAGAUUUCUGGCAGUGUGGGAUGGAUGAAUGAAGUGGAAUGUGAACUUUGGGCAAGUUAAAUGGGACAGCCUUCCAUGUUCAUUUGUCUACCUCUUAACUGAAUAAAAAAGCCUACAAUUUUUAGAAAA